UAUAUAUAUAUAUAUAUAUAUAUUUUUUUAUCGUGUGUCUCUCUCACUCUCGUCUUUGUAAAUGUAUCCUGGCGAUGAUGAUGAGUGAUUUACUGCGGGCUGCGGGCGAUUGUAAAGUGGAUGUGGUCAUGGGUGGGGUUGGGAUAUCAUUUUUAUUGCAUCACCUGUCAAGAGCACCCAAUGGGCAUCGAGUCCGUGAGCAGUAAUUGAUGAAGGUGUCUCCCGACUGGCGCACCUCCCCUUCGCUGUCAUUAUAUUUGUGCUGCCACAACAGCAGCUGUAUUUUAGCUGCUUUCUCUCUCUCUCUCUCUCUCUCUCUCUCCCUCGCUCUCUCUCGCUCUCUCGUUCGUUCUCCCUCCCCUCACACAGAACCCCCCACCCAACCAUCCACACGCCGUUUUAUUCCUCUGGCAGAGGCAGUUGUGCACACCUUCCCCUCGCGCUGCUGCCGACCGGAGGGGAGUGGAGCCGACAGAGGCAGGUAACAGCCAACAACCUCGGAUGCAUCCGUCUCACUCCCCCGCCAUGCCGGACUGUGUGUGCGCCGAGCGGAUGCGGCCGGCUCGUUCCACCUGACAGCCGGCAUGUCAAAGUUGGGCGCGGAGGUAUGAGCAGGAUGCCUUGAUUAAUCCAGAGACGGGAUUGGAGCAUUUGGAGCUGAUCCAUAAAACAUGGGAGACCUCGAGUGUGGCUUCGAGGAAAUGCAAGGAGUUAGACUGGGCUACCUGCUCAUACAAGGCAAGCAGAUGUUUGCUUUGUCUCAGGUCUUCACCGAGCUGCUCAAGAACAUUCCACGCACCACCGUGCACAAGCGCAUGGACCACCUGAACGUGAAGAAGCACCACUGUGACCUGGGCGAGCUGCGCAAGCUCAAGGCAAUCAACUCCAUCGCUUUCCACGCAGCCAAGUGCACGCUCAUAUCGCGGGAGGACGUGGAGGCGCUCUACUUCUCCUGCAAGACCGAGCGAGUGUUGAAAUCCGGCCACGGCAAAAGCAAAGCCGCGUCGCGUUCGGCCGGGGACGGCCUCGCGUCCGCGGGGCUGCUCCACGCGGACGCCCAGCUUUGGCAGAAAAAAGUUUGGCUCAGUUUGCACGGCGUGCAAGACAAAGCGCGCCGGGGAAGGAGAGAGCCCUGCGACUCCAAACUACCUCAUUUUUACCACAAAAGCCACGGACGAGGUUGCCGUUCGGCCACAAAGCCCACUCGCAGACACUUUAAAAACUAUGAAACCGCCAAGUUGCAAGGGAACCGGGUGACUUUCAGCCAGAAGCAUUCGUUUUUCCGGAGCGCUCCCGCAGCGGCGCUGCAGUCCGCCAUGGCUGCUCAGUCCCGGCUGUCUCGCGCAGCCGGCGACCUUCAUCACAAAAGGAAGAGGAGGCGCGAUGGGGGCGGCGGCAGGGACGGCCCAAGACACCCCUGGAGAAGCAGACACCGCCAGCACGUCCCGCCGGUGCUGCUCGUGCAACCCAGAUCCUCCGUUACGCACCGCGCGGCUUUUGGUGCCUUCCAACUGAGCCCGGAUUUCUACCUUCACCGCCAUCACCUCGAACCCAGCUUCCCGGAGAGUAGCGAUACCGAAUCCAGUACCUACUCGGACCGUGCCUAUCCCGACUCGGACUUCGGCUCCGGCUUCUCCACCAGCAGCAGCUCCGAGGAAGAAGAGGAAGAUGAGGAUGAAACCCAGUCCGAGACGACCGAGGUCAGCACGGAUGAGGAGGAGGAAGAAAGCUCUUCUCAUUCGGACUCCAGCUCCGUUUCCAGCCGGGUUUCGGUUCAGAGUAUCCGCUUUCGGCGGGCCCGGGUGGGGGCCCUCGCCAAAACUCUUAACCCUAUCACGGCGCCUCUGGUUCUGCAGCCCACGUUUCACUACAACCACCAGCAGCCGCAGAGCCAUGUUGCCGCCGCUCGCAAGGCGGAGCGAGGACACGAGGAAUGCGGAUUUAGGAACAGCUCUGGGUCCAAAUUCCUCUCGGUUAUUUUCGCCGAGGACAGACGUGACGAGGCGGGUCCGAUCCCCGACGCGGUGGUUGAUCGCGUCCGUUUUGAGCCGCACGCCAACAAGGGCCUCUGCGCACCGCGCAGGACGUCGGCGUGUCCCAUCGGCGAACCCCGUGGCCGGGACAAAGAGGCGAAAUUCACCGGACAAAGACUGCCCACGCCCCCGAAGAAAAUCAAGACCGAGACGGAGGAGCUUGCCGUGACGGCGUCUCCUCGUUCCGAGAGCGGCUGCAAGAUCGCCAGGACACCGCCCCUUGCUCUCCACAAAGUGAAAUUAAAAGCGGAAGACUGUCGCAAUGAAUAUGAAUACCAGUGCCAGGCCGAUGCCGUCAACUUCAAAGUGCCCCCGAUCAACACGAAACAUUCCGGCAACGCCGACCCGCCGGUGGACGUGAAAUCAGACGAGGACGCCCUUCAAGCUGCUGCCGCGUGCCCCGAAGGCUCGCACGGAUAUCUGAGCACCCGGGACCGACUCGAGGAGGGGGAAACGAGGAAUAAAAAGUGCAGGGCUUCAGAGCUGGGGGGGAGAGCCAGGCUUUCCAGGGCGCAAUCGAGACAAAGCAGGGUCACCAGGGCUGCCUCCUCCACCUCCUCCGCCCCCUCUCACCCCUGCGACGAAGCCUCCGCGGAGAAUUUACCGAGCCGACGUAAACGCAGCAGCGCGAACACUUGGACGUGCGGCGUCAAACUGCCUUUCAGCCUCAUGGCAAACUUCCCAUUUUCGCCGUCGUUGACGGUUGGCAGCGACGGGGAUCUAUGUCCCGCUUACUCCCUCAACUCUCUGAGGGGUCUCGGGCCUCCCCCUCCAUCUCACCCAGUGUGGAGUUGGCAGCCGGGAGGACACAUUCUCCCUCCCCCACUCACUCACAGGACCGCAAAAUAAGCCUACUGAGCAGUGCGCUCAAAAAAAAAAAAAAAAAAAAAAAAAAAAAAAAAAAAGUCAAAAGCCGCCUCACUCAGAACCUCAUCCAGUGAGUUUUUCUCCCCCCUUGGAAAUUUGUUGCAAUUGUAUUGCAUUCAAGGUUAGGACAAGAGGAAAACAACACGGGAAGUCAACUGAAGUUUCAGAAAACGCCCACCGUGAGGCCCCCAUAUGUGGAUUUAUUUGAAAAAAAAACAACAACAAAGCUACCAGCCCUAAGUUCUCAUGACUUAACUUUUUCAAACUAUUUUUCCUGCUCAUUUUCGUCGACCUGUUGGAUUGUAUGACCGUGCCAGAAUGUUUCUGGUUGGCGCUUUGUAUGAAAGAGGCUGAAAAUAGAAUUCCUUGAGACGAGGACUUACUAUUUGAAUCAGGCGUCGGUGAAUUUCAAAGCUUAUAUCAGGGUUAUUCCAUUAUGUGCCACUCGUUUUCUUUAGCUAUACCCGAGCUGUGGUUUCCCCUUUUGAUUGACGGGCUGACCGCAACGCCCCAAUAUGUUCCACUUCCAAGCGUUCAGUGUAGGAGUUAUUAAAGUGGGUUUGGCAAUGUCUGUAUACCACAGUUUCGCCUUUAUUAGAGUUGAAUAAUUUUCAUACGAAAUUUGCAUUUAUUUGGGGGGGGGGGGUCAGUGUCUUUUUGAGGGCCCGUGAACUUGUUCUCUUGUUUAAUUGCUUAGAAUUAUGCCCGCACGAGGUCCUGACAAACACAUCACAAGCCUUAUGUUUACGGACAAUCAAAAAUAGUAUGGGGAAAACACAACUUCAGAAAAAGGCUGAGACUAAUCACGUGAUCGAUUCCAGUUCGCUGUCUAUGGAUACACGGUGAAAUUCAUUGGUCCCAAUGUGGUCUCGUUGAAAAAGGGGGACCAGCCCAAAGCCACGCCGAAACAAAGCAAACAAAGCACAAGAAAGCAAAAUGCACUUUGUUACUAUUUGGGCUCCCGUGAAAGCUGUGGGCUGCCCGAUCAGAAAAUACAAAUGUUGCAUUUAAGCUUUUGGAGAAGCAGGGCCUUGUUGAUUAGGUCUACACUCACGAUUCGAUUUGAAAUCGCUCGACCUUGUCAUUCAGGAGUAUAGCUGAUAUGAAGCUUUCUCUUUGUGAAGCCACUUUCCAUUCAUCCGAUUCGGGGUUCGGUGAGAAAUCUAUUUCCCCUCGAGGGACACCAAAACACCCUCUUUUUCAUGUAGCUUUAUGAAUCAAACGCCCGAAAUGCUACCUUUUGAGCAUCAAUGAAUGUAGUGACUCGAAGUUGUUUGUGCGCAGCUCGAAUUUCAGCCGUUAAGAGCCAGCAGGCAAACCUCGAAGCACCAGGAAACACCUGUAAAUGACUGCGGUCGCACCUCCGCGCGUGGUGCGUCUUUUGAGGAAAUGUGUAAGAUGUUAUAAUUCGGGACAAGGUCCUGCUAAUUGGUAGUUCUUUUUUUUUUCUCCUCCUGAGGGAAAAAGCAGAUCCGGUGAAUGGCGAGCACCCAUGAUAGGCCCCCUGCAUGGCCGAGAGUGACUUCGGCUCAACUCAGCAAAAGAUGGCUCUCAUUCAGAUGAUUGUAUUUUAAUGAUGAUUGUUUAAAACUGCUUUAAAUUGACAUCUGGCAAACGUUAAGCUGCGUGAUUAAAGCGUGCAAGCAGUACAUGUGAAGCCCCUGCUCACCGUGGGCCUUCUCGUGAGUGACAAUUCAAAACGUCCAGCCCUAUUUCCAGCCUGGAAACUGGCUAUUUGAAAAAA